AUGGAGGAGGUGAUGGAGGAGGUGAUGGAGGUGAUGGAGGUGAUGGAGGAGGUGAUGGAGGAGGUGAUGGAGGAGGUGAUGGAGGAGGUGAUGGAGGUGAUGGAGGAGGUGAUGGAGGUGAUGGAGGAGGUGAUGGAGGAGGUGAUGGAGGAGGUGAUGGAGGAGGUGAUGGAGGAGGUGAUGGAGGUGAUGGAGGAGGUGAUGGAGGAGGUGAUGGAGGUGAUGGAGGAGGUGAUGGAGGAGGUGAUGGAGGAGGUGAUGGAGGAGGUGAUGGAGGAGGUGAUGGAGGUGAUGGAGGAGGUGAUGGAGGAGGUGAUGGAGGAGGUGAUGGAGGAGGAUCGUUCCGUCACGGCUUCAAACACAGCGCAUGUCAGGUUAUAA